AUGGGACAUUCUCCAUCCGGUGGAGGAAGAGGACAUGUGACUCCUCAGAAAGUCAAGAGCAACUCGAGUUCAACAGUUGUGAAACAUCUAUUUUCAACAAAAGAUGAAAACGAUUGGAAGGCAAGAUCGUCGUACAAAGAUGCCGAGGAAAGAGUGAUUGACUAUAUCCAAGCUUCUGGAAUGAAAUGUUCAGAAGACAUGGUGAAAUCAAUUCGAGAUGGAAAGUCGAUCGACUUCAAUGCAAUCGCUCCAAGAUUGAACACUCCAACUCAAAGAUCAGCAUACUUCAAGACAAACAAGAGAUCCGUCAAAUCAAACAUCAUGCUGAAGUUUGUGACGAAGGUGAUGGAUAUCAAGCUUCAAGGUGAAGCCGAUUUCACAGCUACUCUUGAAGAUCCAAUCGAACUCUUGAAACGUAUUGAACAUUUCAUGAAGAAGAGUGCUGAUGCUGAGUAUGAUUUCUUGGAUUUCUGGGAAGCGAAUCAAAAGUUCUUUGCUAUGAAGCAAGGAACAACGGAAAACUUGAUGCAUUUCAAGGAACGAUUCUUGAGAC